AUGUGCAAAAUUGUCCAGCUACGCGUGCUGCCAUACUAUCAAAGACUUUUGCAGUGUUGUUUGGCGCGCCGGUGUCACAAAAUCAUUCUCAAUGAAUGUAUUGUAUUAAAUGCACUUUUUCAACAGAAAAUAUCACAGAUUCAUUAUCAGCUGACGUUAGAUGGAAUAAUUAAGGCAGGGUAAAUGAAGUUUCCAAUUGGAGGUUGGCGUACAGUGAUCUCUCCCGAUCUCUCUUGCAAGUACGUGGUGAUGGUGUUAGGUGCCAGUGUCGCAAAACCAUUUUCAAGGAAGGUUGGACCAGUGCAGCUAGGCCUACUAAUUAGGGCACUAUUUCAGCGAUGUUCAACAGAAACGGAAAUAAUUGACUACACUUUCUUCAACAAUAACUGGUGUCAGGGAUAUGGAGUCUCCUAGAGGAAAAAAUGUUUCUAAUUGGAAGUGGGGCUAUGUCAUUGUCCUCUGCAAGUCCAUAAUGAUGUUCUUCGAGUCCGGCAUCGCCAAGUCUUUCGGCGUGCUCAUCUCCGAGAUCGUCGGCCGUCUCGAUGCCAGCUAUGCCAGUGUCGGAUUGGUUUGUAGCUUGCCUAGUACGAUCAUGAUGUUAUCGUGUCCUGUUAUCACCUUCAUCCUACUGAGAUAUAAUCAUCGAGUGGUGGCCAUGUUCGGCGGAAUAAUAUGCGCCGUUGGUCUAGGAGCAUGCGCAUUCGCAACCAGUACCAUAGUGUUUGGUCUAUGUCUGGCGUUUUCGGGUAUUGGUCGGGCCUGCGUUUUUCACGCUAACACCCUGUUAAUAAACGACUACUUCCCGGAGAAAUUUGUCCUAAUGAACUCACUAUCAUAUUAUGGAAGCAUGGUCGGAAUAAUGGUUCUUCCCAUCAUCACAGACAGAUCUUUAGAAGCCUACGGGUAUACAUGGACUUUCCUCAUUCUUGGAGCAAUCAAGCUACAUGUCGUGGCAUGCGCAGCGGCGCUUCGACGUCCAUUCUCUAAAGACAUAGUCAUAACGAAGCGGAAAGACAGUUCUAAUGAUUCCAUGACUCUCAUAGAGGAAGGGAUGAGUGACAGUGACGGUGAUCAAAGAGUAGAAGCAUUAGCGAUUAUCGAGGUAAAAGCGCGAGAGGGAAACACCGACAUACGUGAACGGAGCCUCAAGGAAAAGACAGAGUGGAGUGGUCAGGAGGGGCAUCCGACUAACCAUGUUCAGAACAAUAAUGCCAGCCUGAAAGAAUCGGAUUGCAUUAACAAAGAUGCGAUUGAACUUGUAGGAAAGAAUGAGACUGAUUCCGGCAUUAACGCAGAAGAACGCAAGACGUUGUUCCUUGGGAAUGAUGGCAUUGACAUCCACAAACCCUAUGAUGCUUCAGAUUCUGAGGAUCGCAGUGGCACUUUUUGGUCAUCUAGAUCAGUCUGGGAAUCAGGGAGUAUUGAAAAAGUUGAUGCGACUGAACUUGGAGGAGAGAAUGGGAGCGAUACAGGUAGUGACGCAGAGGAACGCAGAGCGUUGAUCUUCAAGAAUGGCGAAACUGGUAACAUCCUUCAACCUUCUGCUGCUUCAGAUGCAAUUAGAAAUGGAGAUAUCCGGGGCAUUUUCGGCUCAUUCGGAUCAAUCCUGGAACAAUAUUUCAAACCUAUACUCCAAGAACACGUCUUUUUAGUCACUCUCCCCGUAGUCCUUCUUCACACCUAUAUUAUCAAUGCAUGGGUUCUCUUUCUCGUGCCGCACGCCGAGCAAGUUGGCAUCAUCCAAUCAAGGGCUGUCCUUCUAGCAUCUAUUGGUGGCAUCGCUGGUCUCAUUGGCCGAACCAUGUCUGUGGUCUUACUGGCCAAACAGGCGGACAUGAUUCCCGUAUACAUCAUAACCGGUGCGAUCUGCAGCGUGACGUUUCUUCUAGAUGGCUUCGGUAACGGUUUCGUCACCCGCGCUUGUCUGGUCUUUGUCCAAGGUUUCUGCUUGUUUACUCUAGAUACCACCGCCUUCGGGUUUCUGAAAAUCGCGGUGAUGAAGGAAGAUAACUUCAGUACGGCCUACGGAAUUAAUUGUGCAGUCUUUGCUGUCGGGCUCAUCGCCAGUGGGUUUGUAACAGGAGCUCUGUUUGAUGCCCUCCAUUCAUAUACCAAGGUUUUCAACAUCAUUGGUGUCGUUCAGAUUAUAUUCAUCGCUAAUGUUAUUCUCAUCAAAAUCCUUUUAAAGAGAAGGUUCAGUUCUGGUGAAGCUGAACAAUAGUUUGCAAUAGUUUGCAAUAUUUUGUGUACAGCAUAUACCAUAAAGAACAUCCCAGUAAAAAGUAUAUAUAUUAUAACCCACAAACUAUGACAAAAUCUUUCAUAUGCAGCCAUUUUUUUAAUGGAAAAACUUGCCGGAAUAUCUUACAAGUAUAGAAACAUAUGAAAGUUCAGAAGUAGUUUGAAAACAUAUUCAUUUAGCACUUUGUAAUAUCACAAUUAUGAACCCAGUUCACCGUCAUGUUGCACUCCUUCUGUAUUCUGUUAUGUGAAGCGCAUAGAGACAUGCGAUUAUGCCUGCGUGUUAUGCGAUAUUAAAAAACGUUGGUUAUUAUUAUCAUCAAUAUUUGGCAUUGGCAAAGGAAUAACUGUCGAUUCAGUCUGGUGAUGAAGUUACUACGCAAGGUAACGUUGCAUGAGAGGUCGUGUACAGUAUCUCUGCGACUACGUCCUUUGUUCAGUCCAUAUUGGCCACAAGACCCUGUCGCUCACAGUCGUAAUUAUCAAAGAAAAGGAAUAUUCUAGUGUUGUUGAUGUUGUUUGUUCGUUUCCAUUUAUUUUCUAUUAUUACUAUUAUCAUUAUUAUUGCAAUUCUCUGAGGAAAUGGAAAAGUUUUGAUUUGUACCCUCUGGCAUAGAGGGAUGGAGUAUUCAAUUUAAUUGUCUAUUUCCUCUGAGACCAAACGUAUAUCUUUUCAGGCCAAAUCGAAAUGAACGAAAAUUAUCAUUUUCCUUUUGAGGCAUCCACAACCUAAAUGAAUUCUUAGCAUAAAGUUAUAAACCCUUUACAAAUGACAUUUCUUGUAACAAACCACACAGUUUACACAAUCAAAAGCUCAUUGGAUUACUUUUAAUGAGUUAGUAUUGUAUGUAUCCCCUUUUGUCGUAUGCGAACACGAAGAACAGUUUGAAUUCAUUUGUCUUAUCACGACUAUUGAGCUUGAUUUGCAGUGUUACCUUGGCUCUUCGAUUCCACUUCUUGAAAUAUGUUAAAAUGUGUAAUUAUUUUGCUUUCUUUCUUAAAUUAUUUGAUAGACGUAUGCUCAAAAUUAUUUAAUUUUCUCACUACUGCGCCAGGAGUGUCGAUUUGGACAGACAUGGCGCGUUACAAAUGUUCACUAUUAUUAUUAUUAUUAUUAUUAGUAGUAGUAGUAGUAGUAGUAGU